AUAUAAGUCAGGUGAUCGACUACUUAGCGCGGAUCGCCUGUAACCUGGAAUCUAGAUACACCUCUCUCUCUCUCUCACCGUUGUUCAGAUUCUUUCAAAGAAUAUACCUUUUUAUUCCCCCAGUAAUACUGCCUCCACAAGUUAUACCAGAAAUCCCUCUUACACUUAGGACGAAAUGAGUCAGGCUACUCCGGUGCGGGUAAUCCUUCGAUAUCGCGAACAACCUUUUCAAGACCUGAACGCAAUCAUCAACGCUUUCUUUAAAUGGCGAGAUAUUCAACCUCUAGACGACUACUGUACACAUAUAUGUAGUAAUUUUCAUUCUUCUCGGUUAUAUCUCGUUCUCGAUCUCUACUGCAAAACAUGUCCAAAUGUCAAUCUCGACAAGUUAGACCUCGAAGUCUUUAAAGUCUCAGGAAUUAAUUCAUUGUGCGUCACCUCUUCUACGACCUAACUAAACUGACUAUAUUUAGUACAUUUCGGGAUCUCGGAGAGGUAGCUCGCAAGCAGG